AAUUUGGAAAAGGAACUCCUGAAUUUUAUAAGAAAUUAGCUUAUAGGUGUAUGAAUGCAAAUUCAAAUCAAAGACCACCAACUGAAGAAUUGUAUCAAAUUGAUUUUUGCCGUUCUUCUUUAAUAACGGUUGAAGAAAAUGAAGCUGAAACUAUUCUUUAUGAUAUUUUUGUUGAAAUGAAGCUUUGA